AGACAGUAAGGAGAAGUACUAAUGGAUCUUGGGAGUUAAAGCUUACCUGCAAGGAUCCGUCCUUAGCUUGGCUCUCUUUAUUAUGAUUACAUAGUUGACGGUGGCUGGAGUAACUUUGGAGAAUGGAGCCAGUGUACUAAAACUUGUGGAGGUGGAACACAGAUGCGUGCAAGAACGUGCACCAAUCCUCGACCGGCAUAUGGAGGUAAACAAUGCAUUGGAGACAGCAAGGAGGAACGAAAGUGCAACACUGGGCCAUGUGCAGUACCAAAUGUUGAUGGAGGGUUCACUCAGUGGUCUGCGUUCUCCAAGUGUAGCAAGACCUGUGGUAAAGGAAAGAAGACUCGCAACCGCAAAUGCACCAACCCACCCCCAUCGGGAUUUGGAAAGAACUGCAAAGGACCAUAUUCGCAGACUAUGAAAUGCAAAGUGCGUUCAUGCAAAGGAAAGGGGAAAUAGUUCGAAUGUACGGCGAGAAAGCAGUUUUCAGAUCCAUGCCACGGUGAAUAAAAAUUGGAAGUGCUAAAGGUGUCUGUAACUGAAGGCUAAAACGUUACACAAUACUGGAAUCAUCUGUCUUUACUGUAGAGCAAGUUGUGAUGAAAUUAUCUGACCUUGCGAGCAAUAAACAACAAAAAUAACGCA